CAGCCACACACAUACGUUCACUUAAUAUCUCUUAUAUGCACACACAGGGAUAUUAGCAGCGGUCUGGACUGACAACUGCCAGUACUGACUGAGCAGCAGUUAAAAAAGAAGAAGAGAUACGGGCGCAGAAAGGAAAAGACGGUGAAGAUAACUGGAGUGUGUCGUUUUGUGUUUGUUGAAUACCAAGCCAGCCCCAGCUGACGAUGGAGAACACAUGAAGAGAGAAAACCGCAGGGACAGUUGAGGGGAGAAUGCUGCUGAGUAAAGUUUAUGGACAUAUCGAGAGGGAAUUUGUAGCUCUUGAACUUUAGGGAAGAAGAGGAGGUCAUCAGGGUGCAGGUCACAAAGAGGAAAAAGGUAGCACAUUGGACAGAAGCACCCUAACUCAGCAUGUCGUCCUCCAAUCCUUCCUCCUGCCAUCUUUUCCCCUUCUUCCUCUUCUCUUUCCUUAUAAUUGAGCCUUCGAUCACCCAGGACCCACCUGUCACCAUGGUGACAGUAACUGAAACUGACCCGUUCAUUGUCCCCACCACGCUGGCCAACCAGACAACUCCCAGCUCUGUGGAGACCACUCAGUACACUCGUCCAGAAACAGGGCUGUCCACCCCAACCAGCAGUGGAGACACAGACGAUGAAGAUGCCCCUCCAGUUGGUGGGACCCGUUGCCAGGGAUACUAUGAUGUGAUGGGUCAGUGGGACCCACCUUUCAACUGCAACGCUGGGGUCUUUCUGUACUGCUGUGGUACCUGCUUCUACCGCUUCUGCUGUCAGUUCCGCCAGCAGUGGCUGGACCAGAGUAUCUGCUCCAACUAUGACACGCCCAUCUGGGCCAACACCGGCAAGCCCAUAGCCACCAUCACCGAGGGCCAGGGGGACCAGGACCGAGACCGCACACACCUCAUUGUCUACAUCAUCUGCGGAGUGGUGGCUAUCAUGGUCCUGGUCGGCAUCUUCACUAAACUGGGCCUAGAGAAGAGCCGCGGGGGAACUGGACAAGGUGCGGGGGCGGCGCAUGCUGACCUCAACUCCAGGACACUGACAGACCUGCUGAAGCAGCAGGGGGGUGAGGUAGGCUCAGUGGAAAACGCCACCGCCAGCUCGCCCAUUGGAGGGAGAGCCAAUGGCAUCUCAGCCAGGAUGCCGCGCAGCAGGAGUGAACAGUACCAUCUGAAUAACGCGGCCUAUGGCCCAUUUGGACAAGUGCUUCCACCCACACACAGCAACCACAGCACAGUGGGGCUCAACAAAUAUACUUCCCUUAAGGCUGUGGCGGACAGUGCAUCUCAUGGCUUCUACAAGAGCUUCCCACUUAUGGACUUCUCCCACUACCAGCCCGUGGCGCCUCCUGCCUUCCAGUCAGUGCCGGCGCAGCCCAAACAGAAGUCCUACAUCCACCAGCCAUUGCCAGCACACCACGACCUCCAUUCCCCUCUCUCCAUCUCCAUCGCCUCCAGCUACCUUGAGCACUCACGUCUCCCUAAGACCACCACUCACCCGCUCUACUCCGGCUCAGCCUUCAAAGCCUGGGAGCCAACUGGCCGCCACGUCCAUAGUCAUGGACAGAGUCAUGGCUACUCGAUAAAGAGGAAGCAGAGCACAGAGAACAUGCCGAAUCUCUUUAGUCAGCCCUGUGGGGGGAUGUAUGGUGGAGCUGGAGGGGAAGCAGGGCAGGGGCAGCAUGUCUACGGGCAACAUCCAUCUCAAUCAUCCUACUACCACCACACCAGGCCGAAGAGCUACUACACCCACAGUACAAAUGAGGUGACUGUCUAAGUAGCAAGGCCUCAGAACAGUAUGCUGCAGUACUGAACACACUAACAAAAAGCUUUGGUGAAAUGAAAAUCACCCUAACAGACAGUUGGCCCAACAGGAGAGGAAUAUUAAACAGGGAGACAUAUUCUGACUUACCAGAUGUAAAGGGAUGUUUCAAUAAGUGGAAACAAAGAGAUUGAGGAGAUAAACAAAUUAUUGGACUCAGACUCUAGCAAGGCUCCUGUACAUUGGUCAUAUAAAGUAUACAGACACUACCUGAAAGGAAGUCACAUGGCCUUGAUCAGUUCUCAACCACUAUGGUUUAUUCACUACAAUGUGUUUCAUAAUUAUGGCUG